UAUGACUAGGCUGUCACAAAUUUGCCAGGCACAAUAAUAUACUUAUCUAAACUGAAACAUUGGUUUUAAAGCUUAAAAAAAAAUUCGAUUUAUAAUGGAGGCUGUUGAUCGAGUAAAUAAUCAACCAAAUCGUAUAAAUAAAGAAAUGGCUGCGAAUGGGGCUGCCGAGAAUCCUAAUCAAGGUAAGGUGACUUCAAAGGGUGCAGCAGACUUGUUCAACGCAAAAGUCAAUCAGCAGCAGAAGAAAAGUGGCCAAGAUGCCAAAGGGAUCCAGUUGUCUGGAAGUGUCCGUCGUCGUCGCAGGAAUUCGCAUCUGGAUCCCUAUGUGUGCAAUGAGUGCCACCAGUAUGUGCGUGGUGGUGUAGUCACCAUCUGUGGCCAUUUGUUUUGCUGGACUUGCCUGUGGCCCAAAUUAAGUGGUACUCCAAUGCCGAGCUGUCCACUCUGUCUACGCCAUUUGGUCAUGCACGAGGACAUCCUGCCCUUCCACGGAGAGGGACCCCAUGCCCAUCAGAGGGACGGUAAUGUCCCGGCCCAGCCUGGCUCAGUGCCUCGUCCAACGGGAAUGUACCUCUGCUGCGACUCGGAGUACCCCAGCUGGUUCACGGUCAACGAUCCCGAACAUGGGUCGGCAUCGAUUUUAUGUGAAGAGAGCAGCAUAGAGAAAGAUCUCUACUGCGUCCUUAGACUUCUGCCAAUGUUGUACCACAAGAUCGGAGCUCAGAUUGGUUUUCUCAGAUGGUUCCAGUUGGGAUGUGUGUUGACCAUAUUUCUGCUAUGGUUCGCAAUGUCUCUGAUCUAAGACCGAACUUGUGUGAUUUAACUUUAUUUUUAUUGCAAUUUAAUUAUUUGUUAAUUGGAGGUGAGCGCUUUUUGGUCAAUAUCUUGUGAGGUUGGACAAACCGUAAUAAAUUUCUGCUUGUGCUAAAA